CAUCCAUCUUGCAUUUCUAUGCAGUUGAUAUGGAUGAUUUUUUUUCCUCAAAUAUCUGUAUAAAUUGCUAGUGUGUGUAGGCAGUCAGUAUCAGUUUCGAGUGAAAACUCAUAGAAAUGCUACUAACUUACAAUGGCAACAACACCAACAACCAUAAUUGUGUUCACGGAAGAUGAAUUUACCGAUAAAUGACCUCUUGGUGGUCAUAAAGGAAUUAUUUCAAUACGGUGUCAGAGAGGUCAAGGCAAGUGGCGACAAAAUAUUUGUCAAAUUGACCUACUCCCCAAGAGCAGCGACGUUAAAGCGAAAAUUCGGCUUGCUGCCUAUCAAAUAUCUCCUAACUAAAUUAGAUAAAGAUGCAGAAUUCCAAGUAUUAGAGCGAAUAGUUAAAAAAUAUAGAUUCAAUUUAUUAGACGAGCAGUUAGAAGAUAUUAAUAAGCAGCAAGCGAUACAGGAUCGACCAGGGACAAGUGGUGGUGGAAGUAUGCAGAAGAAGAGAAAGUUGUAUCUAGAGCCACCUGUCCUGCAACAUGUGAAAGAGGAGGAGGAGGAGGAGGAGGAGGAGGAGGCGGAGGAGGAAGAGCAUGAGGAGCAGCCCAGGCCGAUGCAGACGGAUGGUGCAGCACCAUCAGCAUCAACCUCAACUUGCAGACGUGGUGGUGGUGGUGGUGGUGAUGAUGAUAAUGACAUAUUAUUAUUGUCACAAAACAUAUUUUGAAUAAAAAAAACUAAUUUCUUCACAACUAA